AUGAACAAAUCUGUCGAGGUGGUAGAAAUAUUGCACCUUGACGACUUUACCGCCAGCGAGAUCGCAGCUUCGUGGUAUGAUGAAGAAGAAAUGAAGGAAAUUACUCAGGGAUGCUUCAAAGUACUACAAAGAAUGGAAUAUGGAGGAACCAAAAAAGGUAAAAAGUAUUGCACUCGGGGUCUUGAAGGGCACACUACGCUAGGAUCCAUCAGUAAAAAGGAAACAAGAACAGCUUCGUUCGUAGCAGUAUUGGACGAACAAGAAAAGCAAUGGAACGAGAACAAAGAUUUUGAUUUUCAAGCCAUUUCAGAUGCAUACAGAAAAGUUAGCUCAAGCAGCCAAUUGUGGGCUCAAGUCAUUGGUAACCGUGACCACCAAGCCAUAGAAGCCUACCUCUACCAAGAUGAAGAAGAGGACGAAGAGGUUCAAGCGACUACUACAGCAGUUUCAAUCAAGUCUGCAAAGUCUGUUUUCAAAAGCCCCGUCAGCCAAACAAAACCACUGAAUAUGGAGGGCGCAGCUGGUGUUGUCGUCCAUCAAGCUGUUGCAAGGGCGGCAUGA